ACGUCAUUUGGUCGGACGAGAGAGAGCGAGAAACUUUGAACUUGCCUGGAAAAUUGACGAAACCCUGUUCCUGCGUUAAUUUUGAGCUGGAUUUAGCCUGCGGUUCUUACAGAUGGAUCAGAAACGGAGCAUCGUUGAUGUGCACCGUGUGAGCGUCAGGCUUUUUAGGACCAGCAUGUGAGCUUGAACAAAUAUAAUUAAAUCAGAUCGGGGAGGACAUGGACGAACGAGAAGAUGUGACGGAGCGCGCGUGCACGGGCUGUGGCGGGAGGAUUCAGGACGCUUUUCAUGUGAAGGUUCUUCAAGACGCCUGGCACAACUCAUGCUUUCAGUGUUCGGUCUGCUUUGAUCUCCUGACAAACUGGUACUUUGAGAAAGAGGGGAGGCUGUUCUGUCACAAACACUACUGCGAGAAGUUUGGGGAAUUGUGUCAUGGCUGCUCACUGCUUAUGACGGGACCUGCCAUGGUGGCAGGAGACUAUAAAUACCACCCCGAAUGCUUCGUGUGUUUGAGCUGCAGGGUGGUGAUUGAAGAUAGAGACACCUAUGCCUUAGUGGAACGUACAAAACUUUACUGUGGUAAAUGCUACAAGCAGGUGGUCCUGACACCAGUUUUGGAGAAGCGGAGUUUGGCUGACUCUCCUUCAGACCUGCUCCCCCACACAGUGACUCUGGUGUCCAUGCCUGCUGCCACCAAUGGCAAAAGAGGCUUCUCUGUCAGCGUGAUUAGAGACUGCACCAGUGCCACUGCCAGCGUUCAGGUUAAGGAGGUCAGAGGGAUGCAUAUUAGUCCUGAGGUUCGGAACGCUAUCCAUGUUGGGGACAGAAUCCUGGAGAUCAAUGGACUCCCAGUGACAUCUCUGAUGGAGGAAGAGGUGGAGGAUCUCAUCCAUCGAACCAGUCAGACACUGCAGCUGCUGAUGGAAUAUGAUCCAGUCAGACAGCGUCUGGACCGACUCCGUCUGGGCUCUCCCCGCAAUCAGCUGGGUGUCCCUGUAGUGUCCCGUAUGCGUCUCUCCUCACCAGGAGAUGCUGAGAUUGAGCGGAGUGACACAGUGGACAAUGGGACAUUAAAGAGGAGGUCCCUCAGACGUAGCAACAGCAUCUGCAAGUCUCCAGUCUCUUCAUCUCCCAAGGACCCUCCAGUUCUGACUCGAGAUAUCGGUCGCUCUGAAUCUCUCCGCUCUCCUUCAAGCUGCUCCCACCGCAUCUUCCGUCCCUGUGACCUCAUCCAUGGAGAAAUCCUUGGCAAAGGCUUCUUUGGACAGGCUAUUAAGGUUACCCAUAAAGCCACAGGUGAGGUGAUGGUCAUGAAAGAGCUGAUCCGCUGUGAUGAAGAGACACAGAAAACGUUCCUAAAGGAGGUAAAAGUGAUGAGAAGUCUUGAUCACUCACACGUUUUGAAGUUCAUCGGGGUUUUGUACAAGGACAAGCGUCUUAAUCUGAUAACGGAGUUCAUUGAGGGAGGCACUCUGAAGGAUUUCAUCCGUGAUACAGACUCAUUCCCAUGGGAACAGAGAGUUAGUUUUGCAAAGAGCAUUGCAUCUGGAAUGGCAUAUCUGCAUUCAAUGAGCAUCAUACAUCGAGAUCUCAACUCUCACAAUUGCCUGGUCAAACUGGACAACACCGUUGUGGUGGCAGAUUUUGGUUUAUCUCGGUUAAUCAUGGAGGACAAAGUCAAGCAGCCUCCCCCGGACAAACCAACUAAUAAGAAAAGGCUGUUUAGACGCAUUGACCGCAAGAAGCGCUACACAGUGGUGGGGAACCCUUACUGGAUGGCACCAGAGAUGCUCAAUGGUAAACGCUAUGAUGAGAAGGUGGAUAUUUUCUCCUUUGGCAUUGUACUUUGUGAGAUUAUUGGUCAGGUUUAUGCAGAUCCUGAGUGUCUUCCAAGAACACUGGAUUUUGGGCUGAAUGUGCGAACGUUCAUCGAGAAGUUUCUUCCUGAGCACUGUCCUCCUGCUUUCUUUGCAUUGGCUGUGGCCUGUUGUGACCUCACUCCUGACAACCGGCCUGCUUUUCAAAAGCUGGAGGACUGUUUUGAGGCAUUAACUCUGAAUCAGGAGCUGAACAUCCCUCUGCCUGCUGAACUGGACGAACUUCAGCAGAAGUUUUUAAGAACUUAUGGACCCAGUGAAAUCGCCUCUGAAAACCAGGAAAACAACAGGAACUAAUCCAAUGGCAGCGCAGACUGAGCUGGAAACUUUGUUUUUUUGAUAAGUUUACAGAACUGAAUGAGAGCAUUUACCUUGAAUUGGCAUACUGGGAACAUGCUGAUGCUGGCGUUCCGCUUGGAGAUCUCUCAUGUCAUGUUGAACUUUGAGGGCAUUCUAGAACUGAGGGUUCUGUUGAGGGAACGGGUACAUUUCAGUGAGCUUCAGCUUCUUUCUGAUUAAGAUUUUUCCUUUUCUGUCUAAUUUGGAAUUAGCAGGUCUAACUGAUUAAGUUGACGAUUUAACCAGGUAACUGAAACCAUUAAGAGUGCCUGUCAUUAGAUGAGUUCUGAUCGAUCGUUCUGAUGAGGUUUCAUCAGAAAUAGUGUGGUGUCAUCUACUUUAUUAAGUAUUUACAAAACAAGAAUUUUUGACUAUAUAAUUAGAGAAGUUUGUUUGGUGGAUCUAAUGAAACGAGUCCAAAAUAUGUCUGUCACAUUUCACCCCAGAAUGCAAAUUCAUUAUCUGUUCAAAUAGACAAACAUUCUAGUCCAGGGGUGUCCAAAGUCGGUCCUGGAGGGCUUAGCUCCAACUUGCUUCAACACACCUGCCUGGAAGUUUCUAGUAUACCUAGUAAGAGCUUGAUUAGCUUGUUCAGGUGUGUUUGAUUAGGGUUGGAGCUAAACUCUCCAGGACACCGGCCCUCCAGGAUCGAGUGUGGACACCCCUGUUCUAGUCUAAACGCACAAUCUUAAUUUUGAGAAAAUGUUUUUAAUUGUCACAAAUAAUACAGUGAAAAUAAAGGCUGAAAUGUGACGGUCAUGUUUGAACCUCUUCUCUUCAUAAGGUUUUUGUUGACUAUUUUUGAAAUGACCUAAACUGUAGGAAUGAAUUGUUGUUCCACACUGCCCUCUGCAGGUGCCUUUGUGUACUCAAACCCUUGAUGGUUUCUGUACCACAUGCACUCGAGGUCCUGUUACUCUUUAAUCCGAAGACCGUGACAAAACUGUUACAAAAUGAAGUAACAAGUUUCUGAGUUCUGAUUUGGUUUCAUGUGUGUGGUUUCUCAGAAAUGCUUUUUUUUCAUAUUGUAGCUCAUUUUUGGUACAUCAGCUAUUUGAGAACUGGAGUUGUCUAUUCCUCUGCCAAGGACUCGCCUUGUAAAUAUACCUUGGCAGGGAGUAAAAACUAAAAUUCUGUAUCGGUAUCUAAACUUCUCUGGAGUUAAAGUGAAAUGAUAAGUGAGAUCGUAAUGCUGGAUCCUGAUUGGCCGUUUCAAUGAUUUCUCAUAACUGAAACAGGCUGUAAUCAAAAAAAUUAUGCAAGGAUUUGUGACGUUUUGUGAGGAUGUUUAAAAAAAAUAAAUAAAUGUCAUCCUCACUUUGAUCACAGGUGUUUAAUUUAAAACUGGAUAUAUUUUUCAUGUCUGUAAAGAUUUGUUGCCAAAUGUUGAGAUGUAGUUUGCAUAUGUUUGUAGAAUGUGAAAAGCUGUAUAAAGAGCAUUUUUCCUAGUCUUAUCUGUCAAUGGUACUGACAUGUAUAAAAAUAUAACCACUACUUGUAUGCUACAGGAUUUCUUACACGUAUGUUUCAUGAAUAAACACGAGUUAGUAAUA